CGAGCCCGCCGAGAGGUGGCGGGGCUCUUCACGCCCAAGGGCCACCGCGGCCGCGCUCCGUCCUCGCUCCGCCGCUCCACGCCUCGCGGGGCCCGCGGGGCCAGCCCGGCUCGGCGGGGAUGCUGGGGCGGAGGGCGCCGUGGCUGUGCUGGUGGUGGGGAUUGCUCUGCGGCUGCUGCGGGCCCCCGCCCCUGCCCGCCGCCGGGGGCGCGCUGCUGGGGGACGGCGGGCGCCCCGGCCCCGCGGAGCAGCCGUCGCCGCCGCAGACCUCUUCCUCGGGCUUCCUCUACCGGAGGCUCAAGACGCACGAGAAGCGGGAGAUGCAGAAGGAGAUCCUCGCCGUGCUGGGCCUCCCGCACCGGCCCCGGCCCCUGCACGGCCUCCAGCAGCCGCAGCCCCCUGCGCUCCCGCCACCCCCGCCGCCGCCGCAGCAGCCUCGCGGUGAGCCCCCGCCCGGGCGGCUGAAGUCCGCGCCCCUCUUCAUGCUGGACCUGUACAACGCCCUGUCCGCCGCCGACGACGAGGACGGGGCUUCCGACGAGGAGAGGCGGCAGCCCGGGCCGCGCGGAGGGGCCGGCUCGUCCCAGCCCCGGCAGGCGGCCCUCGGCAGCAGGAGCGUCCUGGCCCCCGGACCCGGCGGCGGCGGCGGCGCGUCUCCACUGACCAGCGCGCAGGACAGCGCCUUCCUCAACGACGCCGACAUGGUCAUGAGCUUCGUGAACCUGGUGGAGGACGACAAGGAGUUCUCCCCUCGCCAGCGACACCACAAAGAGUUCAAGUUCAACCUAUCCCAGAUUCCCGCGGGUGAGGCGGUGACGGCUGCAGAGUUCCGAAUCUACAAGGACUGUGUUGUUGGAACGAGUUUUAAAAACCAAACUUUUCUUGUCGGCAUUUACCAAGUCUUACAGGAGCAGCAGCACAGAGACUCUGAGCUGUUUCUGUUGGACACCCGCGCCGUGUGGGCCUCGGAGGAAGGCUGGCUGGAAUUUGACAUCACAGCCACCAGCAACCUGUGGGUUCUGACCCCGCAGCACAACAUGGGGCUGCAGCUGAGUGUGGUCACGCGGGACGGGCUCGACAUCAACCCCCGAGCCGCCGGCCUGGUGGGCAGGGACGGCCCCUACGACAAGCAGCCCUUCAUGGUGGCCUUCUUCAAGGCCAGCGAGGUCCACGUGCGCAGCGCCCGCUCGGCCGCCGGCCGGCGGCGACAGCAGAGCCGCAACCGCUCCGCCCCGACCCAGGACGUGUCGCGAGCCUCCAGCGCCUCAGAUUACAACAGCAGUGAACUGAAAACAGCCUGCAGGAAGCACGAGCUGUACGUGAGCUUCCAGGACCUGGGCUGGCAGGACUGGAUCAUUGCACCCAAGGGUUACGCUGCCAACUACUGUGACGGAGAAUGCUCCUUCCCUCUCAACGCGCACAUGAACGCCACCAACCAUGCCAUCGUGCAGACCCUGGUUCACCUUAUGAAUCCCGAGUACGUCCCCAAACCGUGCUGUGCGCCAACGAAACUGAAUGCCAUCUCCGUGCUUUACUUUGACGACAACUCCAACGUCAUCCUGAAAAAAUACAGGAACAUGGUCGUCAGAGCUUGUGGGUGCCACUGACUCAGGACGAGCUGCUGGGGACACAUGCACUGCCUUGGACUCCUGCAUCACAUCUGCCUUAAAAGGCACCCGGAAGCAC